AAAAAAAGAGAGACAAACACAGAGGUAGAGAGAGAGAGGGAGAGGGAGAGAGAGAAUCGAUAAUUCAGAGUAUAUAUCUGAUAUUUUCCAAAUUUCUUUUCUUUCCAGCUUUAAACUGGUCAGCUUGCAAGAGGCCCUCUCUGAGAUUUCUGUAUCUUUGGGCAGACAUUUCUGGGUUCCAGUGAGAUUUGUUACUUCUCUCUGGUAAAGCUAGUACUAUUUUUUCAACACCAACAGUUUCCUCAAGCUGAUCAAAUUCUGGGUGUCAAGGUUUCCUCAAAAUUUUGAUCUACUCCAUGUGAUCUAGCUUUUCUCGUAUGGGUUUGUCUAAUUUCUCAGUUUAGGAGGGAAAGUUGUGAAAUUUUUGGUACUAUCUGGUAGUUCUGUUUGUGGGUUUGUUGGUAAAGAAAGACUGACCAGCGGCGGCGGUGGUGGGGGAGGUGGGUAUAGGGUGGUGGUGUUUUGGGAUUUUGGGGUUUCUGAUGGUAAGUGUGGCUUGAGUGUUUAGGUUAGUGAGAUAUGGGAUUGGGUGCUGAGAAUGGAAAGGUGGGGACUUGGGAAGCGGGCAAAUCAAAAGGUGGGAAGAAGAAGAAGAAGGAGGUUGGAGAUGUGGAAGAGCAGGAGAUUGGGUGUUGGGUUAGGCUGAGGUUCCUUGGAAGCUGCAUUUCUUCAAGAUCCAAAGUUGAUACCUCAGUCAGUGGCACCACUACUCAUUAUGCUGAAAGUAAAUCAACAAAUGAUACAAGCAGAGACCAACCAGUAGCUCCAAUAGUCUCAUCCUCAACCACUAGUAAUGCGGAAAGUAAUUCAUCCACUUCCAAACUGGAAGAGGAGCUUAAAGUUGCUUCUCGACUGCGGAAAUUUUCAUUUAAUGACCUUAAGUUGGCGACAAGAAAUUUUAGACCUGAGAGUCUUCUUGGUGAAGGUGGUUUUGGUUGUGUGUUCAAGGGGUGGAUUGAAGAAAAUGGAACUGCUCCUGUGAAACCUGGCACGGGGCUUACUGUUGCUGUUAAAACCCUCAACCAUGAUGGGCUUCAGGGUCAUAAAGAAUGGCUGGCGGAAGUAAAUUUUCUCGGGGAUCUUGUUCAUCCUAACCUGGUCAAACUAAUUGGUUACUGCAAUGAAGAUUAUCAGAGACUGCUAGUAUAUGAGUUCAUGCCUCGAGGGAGCUUGGAGAAUCAUCUGUUUAGAAGGUCCCUGCCCCUUCCAUGGUCCAUUAGAAUGAAAAUUGCACUAGGUGCUGCAAAGGGUCUUGCUUUUCUUCAUGAGGAAGCAGAAAGGCCAGUUAUAUAUCGUGAUUUUAAAACCUCCAACAUCCUAUUAGAUGCAGACUACAAUGCAAAGCUUUCUGAUUUCGGACUUGCCAAAGAUGGUCCUGAGGGUGACAAAACCCAUGUUUCUACCCGAGUGAUGGGAACCUAUGGUUACGCAGCCCCAGAAUAUGUCAUGACAGGACAUCUUACUUCAAGGAGUGAUGUCUACAGUUUUGGUGUGGUUCUCCUUGAAAUGUUGACUGGCAGAAGAUCUAUGGACAAAAACCGACCUAAUGGUGAACAUAACCUGGUUGAAUGGGCUCGGCCAAAUCUAGGAGAGAGAAGAAGAUUCUACCGGUUGAUAGACCCUCGGCUUGAAGGUCACUUUUCAAUUAAAGGAGCCCAGAAAGCUGCACAACUUGCUGCCCACUGCCUUAGUCGGGAUCCGAAAGUGAGACCCCUAAUGAGUGAAGUUGUUGAAGCCUUAAAACCUCUGCCGAACCUUAAGGAUAUGGCAAGCUCAUCAUAUUAUUUCCAGACCAUGCAAGCUGACCGCAUCGGGUCUAGCCCAAAUGCUAGAAAUGGCAUCCGAACGCAGGGAGGAUCAUUUUCAAGGAACGGGCAGCAGCACAGGAGCCUGUCCAUAAAUGGUUCCUAUGCUUCUCCAUAUCAUCAUCAGUUCCCUCAACAAUCACCGAAACCCAAUGGUAAACCAUAGCAUUGGCUUUGGUAAUUUAUCAGUUUCUUUUCCCAAUCCCCUUGGCAUCAUUCAUUUCUUUUUUCCCCUUUUUCCCUUUAUUCUUCCUCGGUAUAGAUGUAUCUUCUGUUAAAGCAUUUGUUCUUAGAGAACUGAGAAAGCAACAGAGAAACAUGUCUGCUUUAUGUUGUGUUUAGAGUGGUGACCUCCCACCAGAGGAGAAUGUAAGGGCAGGUGGGCUUAUUGAGGAAAAUCUGUAUGUCAACCGAUGUAUUUCUCCAGUUUGUUUGGAAAUAUGAAAGUGUAUUGCCUCC